AUGAUAACUGCAUUGUCAUGGAUACCAAAAGGGGCUGCAAAGGCUAUACCCGAUCGUGCUAAGCUUCCUUCUAAGGAAGAAAUCGAAAAGCUCAAAGAGAGUUGUAAAAUUUUCAAUAAAGAAGAAGAAGAAGAGAAUGGUGAAGUUGCUCAUGCGAAAGCCGUGGCAGAAGAGUUUGGGAAGUCAUCGAAAAGCAAGAGUGCUUCUCCUUCGAUGGAGGUUGAUGAUGGUUUGAAAGAACUCGAUAUGGAUAAUUACGAUGAAGAGGAUGAUGGAAUUGAAAUUUUUAGUUCCGGGCUUGGGGAUCUUUACUAUAAGAGUAACGAGAUGGAUCCAUAUCUCAAGAGAAAUAAUGAUCAUGAUGAUGACUCGGAUGAUGAUUCAAAAAUCUUACCAACCGAUUUAAUGAUUGUCUGCGCUAGGAGCGACAGCGACAACAAAGAAACCAACUGUAUUGACGUUUAUGUAUUCGAGGAAACAUCGGUUGGUUCUCCAAAUAUGUAUAGUCAUCAAAACAUAAUCGUACCAGCGAUUCCGUUGUGUACUGCUUGGCUUGAUUGUCCACUUAAAGGAGGAGAAAAAGGCAAUUUCGUAGCUGUUGGUUCGGAUGAUACGCCAAUAAUAGAGAUAUGGGAUCUUGACGUUAGGUUCGAGGUGCUACCUUGUGUACAACUAGGAGGACAAAACGAGGAAGGGAACUACAAAGAAGGUAGCCAUACUGAACCAGUUCUUGGUCUUGCUUGGAAUAAGGAGUUUCGGAAUAUACUUGCUAGUGCUAGUGCCGACACAAAAGUCAAAGUUUGGGAUGUCGCUACCGGAACAUGCAAGAUUACAAUGGAUCAUCACACAGAUAAGGUUCAAGCGGUUGCGUGGAACCAUUAUGCUCCAGAAGUGCUUCUCAGUGGGUCCUUUGAUCAAACUGUUGUAUUGAAAGACGGAAGACAACCUUCACAUUCGGGUGUCAAAUGGUCUGUCAUGUCCGAUGUCGAAAGUUUAGCCUGGGAUCCUCAUAGUGAACACACCUUUGUGGUAAGUCUCGAAAAUGGAACUGUAAAGGGUUUUGAUGUACGCCAAGCCUCAAAUUCAAACCCGAGUUUCACUCUCAAUGGACAUGAUAAAGCAGCCACUUCCGUCUCAUACAACAUUUCAGCGCCUAAUCUUUUGGCAACGGCAUCUAUGGACAAAACAGUAAAGCUUUGGGAUCUUUCAAACAAUGAGCCUUCAUGCAUUGCCACACACAAACCAAAUGCUGGAAGUUUAUUUUCCAUUGCCUUCUCUGCCGACAAUCCAUUCUUACUCGCUAUGGGUGGCGUAAAGGGGACGUUAAAAGUUUGGGAUACACUUUCGGACACUAAUGUCUCCAAUAGAUACGGAACCAGACCUGUCCGACCGUGAACGUCCAGCUAAGCUAUGAUUGGUCGUCACAUUCGAACACUUUUAUGUCUUUAACCAAAAUUUUGUAGUAGUUUCUUUUUUUUUCA